GGCACCUUGUUUAUCUGAUAGAUGGCACUGUUUGACAAACAUCCUAAUGCCUUAAAGUGACCCACAUCUGAGAUGAUUCUUCAUGUCAGCCCAUAGACCGGUUUAAUUGCAAAGAUUGAUGCAACUUCAUGCUGAUUUCAUUCAAGAUGUUAAACGUCUAUGAUGUGUAAGUUGGAACAGUGUGAUAAUGUCAUGCUGAAGGUGCACAUUAGAGAAAACAUCCGACCUGAUUCCUGUCUAGCAUCCAUCCAUGAUGGAAGGCCAGGUGUAUCUUGGACCCCAAAGUAACCAACAGACAUGCCAUGUUUGUGGUUUACGUCUUUCAAGUAAACAACGUCUUCAGACCCACAUGAGGAGCAAACAUCCCUCCGCUGAUAUGCCAGAUGAUCUGCUGACAGACAGAGGAUCAUACAAGGCAUACGAAUUCGAUACAUCAUUGCCCGUCCCUAAAAGGACUAAAAUAAGACAUCAGUCCAGAGCUGACCACAAACCGAGGGACCCACCUGUUGAAACGGUUACUCAACAAAGUGAAGAUUUGUAUGAACCAUCAAAUGAAGGCCCUGAGAGCAAUUCUUCAUUGACAACAGAUGGAACAAUCAUAUCUAGCCAAGACAAAUGUUCGGCGGUUCUGACAUAUAUAUCAAAGAUGCGCCUGACUGGAACAGCAUCAGAUCAGCUCAUAAGACUGCUGAAUAUCUGUGGGAGCGUAGACCUGUCAAAAGAAGACGUGAAACAAACUGUAAAUGACGCACAUGUAGAAACAAUUGAUUAUUGUGAGCUUUGCUCAUGUUUGUUUCCCGAGGACAAAGACAUCUUUCAUUGCGUUUCCCCAAUAUGCAGUGGAUUACGGUUCUUGGGACCAGCUGAACACCAGCAUUUGAAACGAAGCAAGUCAUACUUCGCUACAUCUUCCAUUCAUUCACAGAUAUUGGAUAUCAUGGAAAGAAAUAAAUUAGUUAACAAUGGAAUCACUCUUACUAUGAACACGGAUGGAGUGCCCCUUUACCAUUCUUUGGCUGUCAGUCUCUGGCCAGUUUUCCUGGUGCUAAAUGAGUUGAGGCCUUCCGAGAGGUUUCUUAUGAAAAAUGUAAUUGUCUGGGGGAUCUGGCAGGGAAGAGGAAAGCCUGUUUUUAGGACUUUCCUGAAACCUCUCACCACAGAGCUAAACUCUCUUCACCACAAUGGAAUCAUGCUAGAUGGAAAAAGAGUUGAUGUCACCCUGACGUGUGUCACAAUGGACCUUCAGGCAAAAUCGCAAGUUAUGGAAAUGGUCCCCCACAAUGGACAAUGUUCAUGUGUUACUUGUGAAAUAGAGGGUGUUGUGGAAAAAAAAGGAAAAGGCCACACGAAAGCCUUUCCUGUAUCAGACCCAUGUCCCUUAAGAACAAGCUGUUCAAUACUGAAAAAUGCAGAAGAAGCUAUAUUGACUGGAAAGGCCCAAAAAGGAAUCAAAGAUGUCUCCGUGUUGUUCGAUGUGGACCAUUUUAAUCCAGUCCAUGGGGUUGUUCCAGACUAUAUGCAUGGUGUUCUGCUGGGAACAACGAGAAAGCUCCUUACAUUGUGGACUGGAAAAACAUCAAAGGGGCAGCCAUAUUAUAUUGGAGGGCAAGUAAAAGAAGUUGACAGAAGACUUUCUGAUAUGCGACCAACUGACAACAUGUCAAGACUUCCAAGGUCAAUAAAUGAUCAUUUGAGCCAUUGGAAGGCAUCCGAAUUUCAGCACUGGCUGCUGUUCUAUAGUGUCCCCUGUCUCCAAGGUAUUCUUCCGCCUCAAUAUAUGGAAAACUUGUGUUAUCUGGUUGAAGGUGUUUUCAAAUUGUUAGGAGAAAAUCUUGAGAAUGAAGUCAUCGACGAAGCCGAGCUAAGCUUGACAAAGUUUCAGAUAACUUUUGAAAACAUGUAUGGCGUGGAACAUUGUGGCCUGAACAUUCACAAUAUUGGAUUUCAUAUAGCCAAUUAUGCAAGACUCCAUGGGCCGCUGUGGGGCUGGUCAUGCUUCUCGUUCGAAGACAUGAACGGGACUUUGCUAAAAUCAGCCCAUGGGACUGGCAACGUUUGUCGGCAACUGUUGCAGACAAUGCUAGUGCAGAAAAAGUUGCAUGGUGAGGCUGCUGCCAUACAAGAUGACAAUCUAAGGGAUUUUGCAUUGGACAUGUUGACCACUGGAAGAAGGACAAAAACAAAAAAAGAAUGUGAGAACUGCAGUUUGUUGGGGAAGAUGCAUCCAGUCGACGUCCAAAAUCUGCAAGUCGAACAAGAGGUGAAGCAGUACACUGGAAAAGAUGUCUGCUCCCUCCAGAAGGUACAUCGAAUUAAAUUAAAGGGACAACUGAUCUCGUCCAAAAAUUACAAACGAAUGCAGAAGAGAAACUGCCACACGGUUUUGUUAGACAAUGGAUGCAUUAAAUCAAUAGAGUUUUUUGUAUAUGACGCUGUCAGCAACAAAUGUUUUGCGUUAACUCAAGACCUGAAAGUGACUGGGUUGCUUCAUAACAGUUUGACCCAUUUAAUUAAAGUUGAACAUGGCAGAAAGAAUGAAAUUGUGCCAGUCAAUGCAUUUGUGGAAAAAGUGAUUUGCUUAGAAGGAUUUAAGGACUGUGUCUGUAUGGCAAGAUUACCCACUUUUUACAAUCACUGUGUGUACAUGUAGAUGUUCUGUGUUUUGUUAUGAAUUUUCCACCGUGUAUUUCUGAUGUGCAUGGAAAUAUAGUGAGACAUAUAUUUAAUAUGUUAUUCCAGGGAAUAAAAUAGCUUUUAAAAACCUGAAGUUAUAAGCCAGUGCUCGAAAUGUUCAUGGGUCAAAUGUAACUUUCAGGGGCCAAAAUACUGAAGUGUAGAUACAGUAGUUUGUUGCUGAAUAUUUGUUGUUUGCUCUACCAACAUUGCUUUGUAUAACUUUUAGUAUAUGUAUUGCAUUACUAAAAACAACAUUUUGUGUACUAUAAUGUACAUUUUAUGUUAAGUUACAUGAUACCAUUUGUAUCAAAAUGAUUCAAGGCAGAAAAUAUGGAGGAGUAUGACAAAACAGCAAAAUGCUUGCAUCAAAAAGCAGGAUUCUGCUUAAAUUGAAAUCCUUGUAUUACAUUCAAUGUAUUGCAUUAUACACUGCAUUAUAUGUUUUUGCAAUAGGGUUUUGCCAUUAUUACAACAUGAUCCUCUUAGUGUUUUCAUUAUUUGCUGUAAAAUGUUCUGUUCAGAGUUUACAAAUUCAUCAUAAUGUAAUAUUGGUUUAUAAGUCUGCAUAGGUCAUAUGAGGGCUCAAUAAAAGGGCAAUUUAUAAACUUGAAUUUAAACUAGUAAUAAUGCAAUUAAUGAUAUGCAUGUCAACACUUUCUUGGUGAAAAGGCUAUUUCUUAAAAUAGUAAUUACGGUUGGUAGUAAAGUGUAAGCCUAAAGAUUGUCUAUUGUUUCGUUUUGAAUAGAUAGUCUUGAAUACGGCUUAAAAUAAUUGUUAUGGAUUAAAAACCUUCGAUAAUUUUAAAAGAUUGUCUCAAAUACAUUAUGUCUCAAAUAAGAUGUAAAUAUUAAUCAACUGAGCUUAUUUUAAAAAAAGGCCAUUGUUGUUCAAAUAUUUAUUAUGAAAAGUAUUAUUUUCUUGAUGUUUUCAAAUAAUCAAUAAACAUUUGAUAAUGUCAUAAAUAACACUUGUAUUUGUGUUGUUUUUGUAAAUACUACUAAUAUAUAAUGUUGAUGUGAAUAAAGUUGUUGAAACGUA